AUGAAGCCCAAUGAGCGGUUCAGGGUCGACGAGUAUUGCCUCUACGUCACGAACUUUGCUACAUCAAACGUGCCCGACCGCGAAGCUCCCGAUGAUAUACCUCGCCCAAAGCGGUGGCUUUCAGUCGAAUUCGAACGCGAACUUCAAUGGGAGGGUCUGUCGAUGUUCGGCAAUUUUUUUGGUGUCCAGUUUGGAGGAGGUCCAGACGACAUCGUCGAGUUGGCGAUUCCGCCGGUGUACUCUCUGAUCUUCUCCUGGCUGCGACGAAUGCCAGACACCCUCGCCUGUCUACGCUCGGUUCCAGCAGCCAGCUUCCUAGCCGAGGACUGCCAGUUCAACGCGCACCUUGACGACCUCAUUAGGGAGCCUAUUCUCGACGCAUUCGCAGACGGAAAUACUUGCGCAUUCUCACGAUCGCAGACUUAUAUAUUGACGAGGGUACGAAGAACGUGCCGCUGGAUAUUGACUACGGUGCAAGCCCUCGAAUCACUUAACAACCAGGCAUACGGUGCCCUCUUCAACGCGGUCAUAGUCCCCCUGACGAUGGAAUACUGGACCUGGUUCGUCAAGACGCUCGAUCCGAACGCGAUGAGGCUGGAGGGGGCGCGAGAGGCUGCGGUUCAUGAUGGAUGA